AUGAUGAGGAAGGCGUGGGUCCAGAGCAGAGACUCCUGGCAGGGCCUCUCUGAGAGUCAGGACACCCAGGAUCAGGAGGGUUGCAGCGAGGAGACGCUGUGUCCAGAUCCCACUAUGGAGGAGAAGACAUCCCCGGCCAAGGAGCCAGGGCGCAUCCCUAAGAAGAUUGCGAGCUGGCUCAAAGACUGCAGGACUCCUCUUGGGGCCUCUCUGGAUGAACAGAGCAGCACUCAGUCCAAGGGAGUGCUAAAGAAUGGAUGCGACUUUGAAGACUACUUUUGUCUGGGAGCUGAGGCCAACCGUCUUCAGCCCAAAAGUACCAAAGCAGAGACACCUUGCUAUGGAAUACCUGCAAAGGACAAGAGGAGCCAGUUCCUACAGACCAGGAGUAUGAACUCAAUAGGCUCAGGGAAGAGCAGCACCAGUGUUUCCAGUGUGUCUGAGUUGUUGGACCUGUAUGAAGAGGAUCCAGAAGAGAUCCUAUAUAACCUGGGGUUUGGCCGGGAGGAGCUGGAUAUCGCCUCGAAGAUCCCCUCGCGCUUCUUUAACAGCCCCUCUUGUGCUAAGGGCAUCGACCUCAAGGUCUACCUGGAAGCACAGCUACAACGCACGGAGAUGGAAAAACCCAACUAUGCCCUGACAAGUCGUUUCCGUCAGAUCGCGGUCCUGACCACAGUGGCCAACAAGUUAUUCCAUCUCUACUCCCAGGUGUCGGGCCAGCCCGUCCAAAAGAUCUGCAGCCUGGAUGGGGAACCCCUCACCAUCAUCGCUUCUUCUCCUCUGAAGAGAAACAACUCAGCCCUGAACGCAGCCAGGAUCCUAAAGAAGACCAUCACCAAGCAUAACCUGUUUGGUGGGGCAGCAGAGGGAGUCUCUCAUAGCCCCACAGCCCUGUCUACUACCACAGAGAAACAAGCAGACCAAUUGAGUCUAGGUACAGGGGACAGCGCCAUCACUACUGACUCCGACAAUAAGGGGGAGCUCAAGCAGAAGGCCUUCAUGAAGAAGGAAUCUCCUUCUCUGGCUACGUUGACUGAGGACAGCCACUCUAGAGGCAGCACUGAAGCCCCCCUGAGCAUCAACAGACAUCACCCUGGAGUGAAUGGAGACUGUCCCUUGCUAAAUGGAAAUGGCCAGAAUCACAUCUCGGUCACUGUCAGUGUUGUCCCUGAGGAGGCCCAGGAGGGUGACCUGAGCCUGUACAGCAAGGCUGACCUGGGGAAAGAGCACCAGAAAAUCCAUCAGAAGGGCCAGCAGGCCAUCCGAUCAACCCCAGACGAGGAACCUAACUACAGCUUGCUGCCCAACCCUCACAUCGCCCACCUCCGCACGCAGGCCAAGGACUCCUUUGAGAUGGAAGAGGUCCAGAGUAAUGAGGAUGAAGCUCUACCUGGAACAUGCAGCACCUCUAGAGCUGGCAGUGAACAUCUACUGAGAACAGCCAGCCAGCAGUCAGACAGUAGUGGUUUUGCAGAGGGCCCCUCUACUGAUGGCUCAGCUAACUAUUUAACGGUACAGGAGAGGGCUGACAGCUGUAACAGUGAGACCACGCUGACGUCCUACACUAGGGAGGUGACCACUCCUCUAGCCCUUGAACACCCUGCCUUCGAGAGGCUGCAGGUGGAGCAGGAACAGGAGGAGGAGGAUGCGCAGACCCCUUUUGUCCUACAGAAACACCUUGAGGAGGAAGGGAGGGGGAGCAGGAGCCCUAAUGGGGAGGAGGAGGAGCAGGAGGUACCAAAGUACACCGUCCACCAGUUACCUAAACCAAGAGACAGAGGAGUGACCCAAGACUCGGAGCAGGACCAGCAGCAUAGCACUGGCACUGCUGAGGAAGCUGCUUCUGUUCCUGCCUCUGAGACUCCUCAGUCAACUCCUGAGACUUACAAUACUGUUGAGCUUUCCGUAGAGGCUGAUCCUGACUCGGCUACAGUGCCUGGUCCUACAGAAGACCAUGGCUCCAUCCUGGCCCCAGACUGCAGCUCCUCUGGUGCCCCAGUCAGGGAGGGUGUGCCUGACAGGGUGGAGAUGGAAGCCAGACCCUCCAGCCCUAGCCCCAGCUGCCUCAUCCUCAGUGCCUCAGCAAGGGUCAACGGGGCCCUCCACAGGGCCCAGCAGAGGGCCUCCUCCCCAGGCCUCCAGGGCCCCCGGAUGGAGGGGAAGGUAACAGCGAGACAUCUGUUCAGGAGAAAAGCCCCCCUGACGAGGUCCCGAUCCCUGCCUACCUCCCUCCUCAGCCCCUCCCGUGCGGUCUCCUCUGUCAGGAUCCAGUUUGGCCAGGGGACAGUCAGGCACUGCACUCAGACGGUCUUUUCCUACCGAUACACCCCAGAGGAGGGGCAGGAGGAGGAGCGGCAGGAGGAGGAGGUGGGGUCCAUCGUGGAAGAGGAGGUUGCAGAGGGGGGUCAGAUCUUAAUUUUCAACAGAGAGGCUGAGCCAUCACAUGGCCCCGGGCUACAGAGAGAUGGGGAUCUGAGAAAGCUUCAAGGCAGAGUUCCCCCUUACACCCUGGCCAUCCCCCGCCACCUGACCCGCUCAACCGUCUCACUGCACAGCCCCCCUCCUGAGUGGGGAGAGAGACCUCUGGUGGAGCACCACCGUGCCUGGAGCACCUGUAGCGUACCUAACCGCACCCAACAUAACCUGGCACAGCAUAACCACCCUAACCUGAACCACUUCAAUAACCCUAACCCCACCCAGCACAGCAACCCUAACUUCAACCUCACCCAACACAGCAACCCUAACUUCAACCUCACCCAACACAGCAACCCUAACUUCAACCUCACCCAGCACAGCAACCCUAACUUCAACUUCACCCAACACAGCAACCCUAACUUCAACCUCUCCCAGCACAGCAACCCUAACUUUAACCUCACCCAGCACAGCAACCCUAACUCUAACCUCACACAACACAACCUAGCCCAACACAAUAACCCUACCCUCCCACAGCACACAGCCCCCAACUUACCCCAUCAUAUGGCCACUAACCAUCCUCACCAGAGUCCUCUUUACACUAACAACAUGGGCAACACCCUUCCACACAACUUCCCACACAGCACACACCACCCCUUUUCCCCGUACAGCUCCUCCUAUAAUACCCCGCCUCAUAGCGAACCUUUCAGUUCACCUUACUAUAACUACCACGGUAACCCCUAUAGUGGGUCCUACAACUACCUACACAGCAACAAUCCUUAUACUGCCCAUAGCUCUUACUCUAACCUGUCAAACACACCUUCCAACCUGCCUCCACAUCUCUCUACUGCCCCCUAUGGAGAUCCAUACAGUACUCCAUACCCUGGCCACCAUCCUCCAUUCCCUUACCCCCCUGGAGUUGACCCUAUGGGGGCAGCCCCUAAUUCCCACCCUCCACCAGCCAUGUCUACCACUGAGAUGCAGCUCAGACGGGUCCUUCAUGACAUCAGAGGAAGUGUACAGAAUUUGGCUCAGAGUUCAUCAGAACGCAGAGCAGACACUCCCUCAGACGUUUUCAAUCCUCAGAGAUCUGCCCAGCCACUGUUUGAGACCUCUCUCCAGGAGGAGCUGCAGGCUAAGAGGAGGAGUCUGAAUGUGUUCCGGACCCAGAUGAUGGAUCUGGAAGUGUCCCUGAUGAAACAACAGGCGUUAGUCUACCAGCACCUCAGUCACGACGAGAGGCAGGAGACUGAGCAGCUGGAGAGUCUGCGGUCAGCAGUGAGACGGGAGCUCCAGGAACUAGAGCUCCAGCUGGAGGAUCGGCUGCUGGCCAUGAACGAACAGCUCUGCUCUGCCAGCCACCACAGCCUCUACCGCCGCCGCAUGAGUGGUCACAGCAUGGACAGCCUGUCUAACACUUCUGCUCUGAGAGCUAUGGAGCCGAUGUCGAACCUGCUGAUGGAACCGCUGUACCUGCAGACAGAGCUGGGCUAUGAGGGCGGGGCGGAGGGCAGACCUAGCAUGGCACCCACCCCGAGCUCAGGCCGCUCCUCCAGGUCAGCCAGUCCAAUGAGGUCCUUCGGAUGUCACCCAGGCCCCUCCCACACCCCAGAGCUGCCUCUCCCAGGCCCCCAGAAGACAGAGGUGUACCGGGCCUCCAUCUCCCUCACCCCAGCCCCCCCUCCACGGCCUGGUGCCUCCACAGGGGCCCCCCAGGGCCAGAUCAGUCCUCCAGAGGCUCAGUACCAUACCAUAGCCCAGGCACUGACAGGAGAGCAACAUCCAGAGGAUCGAGCACAAGGAGAGGACAGAGGAGGAAGAGGGGCAGCUGUAGACCCCCACCUGCUAGAGGAGAGGGGUAGGGAGGGAGGAAGAGGAGGAAGGUUAGGAAGAGGAAGGGCAGACAACCCCCAGCUACAGCAGCUCAUCAAGGAGAUCAAAGAGAGCCUUGCUGAUGAGAUCCGACAGGAGAUAGCCAACGAGCUCCUAGCGGCCGUAUCUCCACGACGAUCACCUGUGUUGGCCAGAGAAUACCCCCUGUUAGACUGUUGACAGGUCCCACAUCUGAGUUGAAGAUAACCACUGGUGAAGCCUGCUAAAGUCUACCCAUUCUACUCAACCUGAACACUGCUUGGAUCAUCUGCCAUUCCUAGACAGAUGCCAGACACAGAGAAAUGGGUCAUUUAUGGGUCAUCAAAGUCCUCAUUGAGGACUGUAUGUCAGUAUGUUGUCGUUUUGCCACCUCACUUAAAUGGACGUUUUGGUCAGUCCUUACAGACUACUACAUCAUCCACAAACAAACAUGUUAUUUAUUUGUAUGUAUUUGAACAUUGUGGGAACAUUAAUGAUGAAUGAAAUCAAAUAAAUCAAAUAAAUUAA